GACUGCGGCUGCUCCUGCAGACAUGAAGACCUACUUCUGCUGUGCCCUGGCUCUCAGGUUCCUGAUCGGAGCUUUAGCAGGAGAAAUCAAUGACGCAGCCAAUCAUAAGAUGUUUUCAUUUCAUAAUGGAGGAGUACAGAUUUUUUGUCAAUACUCUGAGAUUGUCCAACAGCUAAAAAUGCAGCUGUUGAAGGGGGCAGAAGUUCUCUGUGAUCUCACCAAGACCAAGGAAAAUGGAAACGUGGUCUCCAUUAAGAAUCAGAAGUUCUGUCCGUAUCAGCUGUCCAACAACAGUGUCUCCUUUUACUUAAACAACUUGGACAGUUCUCAUGGGAGCUAUUACUCCUGUAGUCUGUCAAUUUUUGAUCCACCUCCUUUUCGAGAAAAGAUCCUUAGCAAAGAAUAUUUGCAUAUUUACGAAUCACAACUUUGCUGCCAGCUGAAGCUGUGGUUGCCCAUAGGGUGUGCAGCUUUUGCUGUGGUAUAUAUUUUUGGAUGCAUAUUUGUCUUCCGGUUUGCAAAAAAGAAAUAUGGAUCCAGUGUGCAUGACCCUAACAGUGAAUACAUGUUCAUGGCAGCAGUCAACACAGCCAAAAAGUCUAAAUUUGCAGGCGUGACUCCAUGAUCUGGAACACUCUGGUACCCAUGGAGGAACCACACUGACCAGUUUCCCUGAUACUUGAACUGAGAAAUUCUAUUUUCUGGACCAUGGGACAUCUGACUACAGGAAUCUCCUUCGGGUGUUUUGUUUGUCUGGAUCAGUGACUGCCUGAGAAUUGCUGAGUUAUUUUAA